UUCUCUAAUAAAAAGUGAGAAAGUCGAGAAAUUCCUGCCUCGCAUAAUCUGCGGUUUUUAGCCGCUGAAAGUGUUUUUACUGAGUUCUUAGGGUUUAGAGAAUAAAUACACUAAUAAAAAUGAAUCAGACUCUCCUGCAGGUUUUCGACUUCGAGCAGAAGUUUGAUGAAAAAGGGGCUUUUCAGUGGUUUCAGGAGAACUGGACAGCGUCGUACGUGUUCUGUGCUGCAUAUGCUGCUGUUAUUUUCCUGGGUCGGUUCUUCAUGAGACGGCGGGAGAAGUGGGACCUGCGACGGCCGCUAAUGUUCUGGUCGCUCAGUCUGGCUUUAUUCAGUAUUUGCGGAUCGAUCCGUACCGGAUCCUACAUGCUGAACACCUACAGCUCCCAUGGCUUCAGACAGACUGUCUGUGACACCAACUUCUACAGCGCCCCCUUCAGCAAGUUUUGGGCGUACGCCUUCACGCUCAGCAAGGUGCCUGAACUGGGUGACACAGUCUUCAUCGUUCUCCGUAAGCAGCGUCUGAUCUUCCUGCACUGGUACCACCACAUCACGGUGCUGCUGUACACCUGGGCCUCCUACAAGGAUCAUGUGGCUGGGGGCGGCUGGUUCAUGACCAUGAACUACUCGGUCCAUGCACUGAUGUACAGCUACUACACAGCUAAAGCAGCUGGAAUACAGCUUCCCAAGGCCUGUGCCAUUCUCAUCACCUCCAUGCAGAUCCUGCAGAUGGCCAUGGGUCUGACCGUCCUUGCACUCGUCUACUUCUGGCACCAUGAGGUCCACUGCGCCUCCAACAUGCAGAACAUUAUGUGGGGCUCGCUGAUGUACCUCAGCUACCUGCUGCUGUUUAGCUGGUUCUUCUACCAGACCUACCUGAAGAAGGAUAAGAGGAAGGGGGCUAAGGCUGAAUAAGGGAACUGUACAGGGGAGUGGUGGCCAGUGAGGGGUAGAGGCACUGGAAGGUGGGUCUAGAGUUGGGGAAGGCACACAAAAAAAGAGAAAUAUAACAGUAGGGAGGGUGGAAAUGUUUGAUUCGUAAGCCCUAUCCAGAUAGGAUUAGUUUCUCAGGGGGACAUCUGUGAAAAAUAUUUCGCACUUCUACUCAGUGAUAAAACUAUUGCAUCCAGACUGCAAUUGAAAAAACAGGAGGACCAGUGAGUUUUUUUGGCUUUCUCAGUCACAUGACAUUAGGUUUUUCACACGGAACACGAUGGUGGCGUCUAAGCGCUCUAAAAGACACUGGAGCAAAAACAGACACUGACUCUUAUUUCGGUUUGGGACAAAGCCAAAUGGAAACGCGUCUGUGUCCCUCUGUCAGUGCCACGUUUGGUUCAGUAGCUCCUCCAUUUCCACUCGCUGUUGUGUUUUACGUGAAUCUCUGUUGAAACGUGUAAUUGCGGCGUGUUGCAGUGGAUCAAUAGCUAUUUUCUUAAACCUGAGGAGAAGAAUCUCAGAGAUGUGCAUCCGGACAGGACUAAAAUUACCAAAGGACCACGGAGUUCAGCAAAAAACAGUAGAUAGUUCAGCCUGUAAUUUUCUCAGAGGACAUCUGAGAAAGGCUAUCCAGAUAAGGCUUUUGAUGCAUCUCAAUUCAGAUGAUUCAAUGCCAAAAAUCGAUCCAAACCUGCCAAGAUGUUUACAUUUUGUGUAAUGGGCAUGUAUUUUGACCUCCUUGUUUAUCAACAUUGAUUUAUGGCCAGUUAGCAAAAAUACAAAUCCAGCAAGUUAUCUAUCCAGCCAUCCACUAUUUUCCUCCCCUUCAUUUUCCUCCAAACUGUUGAAACAGCAUCACUGUGCUGAAGACUCUCAGGUGAUCGUUCUCUCUCUCUGUCACACACACACACACCUGCACUCCCACAGAAAUCCCAGAAUACUCCAGUUGAAAAAUCUGAGAAAUCUAGUAUACCAUCAUUUUAAUUACAUGGGAUUUUAAAAACGGGUUUUAGAGCAUGUUUGUAUUCAAACAUAUGGUGUAAUAGCAUUCUGUGAGCUAACAGCUUUAGCUUUAGCCUUUAGAGCUUCAGAUAUUCUGUCUCCAUUCACAACCACUGUACACUACACAGCCUGGAAAAAUAUAUCUAAAUAUUAUCCGUUCUUAAUUGCUUUUGAUUUAUUCUUUUUUUUUUCUCUUUUGUUUCUUUGGAGGGAUAUUAAUAUUUGUAAAACUUUUUGACCUGUAUUGUUUUUUUUAAAAAAUGUUAAUGAUGUGUUUUACCGUACUGUAUAGAUAGAUAGUAGUGAUUAACAAUUUUUUUACAAACCUGAAAUGUAAUCAGUACUGAAGCCAGCUCACAAGAUCUGUUUGGGCCCAGUUCAGGGGUCCAGUUUGAUUCCAGCCUUAUCUUUGCACUGACUUAAAAAUAUUAAGUACAAACAUACUGAUAUGUGUAUGAAUGUGCUUUAGGUUACUCAGAAAUGAAAAACGUAUGCUAGUGUAAUUGAGGCUAACUGGCUGCAGGCUGAACACACCUGCAGGCUUUACCUGCUUAGGAACUGAUACAGAUCUGACAGCUAGAUUUCAGAAUGACACUUCUGUUGUUCUGGUAUGUUGACUAUUUCUGACUCUCUCUGUAUUUAUAUAAAAUACAGCUCUGGGAAAAAAUAAGAGACCACUUAAAAUCAUGUGUUUCUUUGAUUUUACCAAACUUCUGGAAUAUAAUCAAGAGGAAUGUGGAUGAUCACAAGCCAUCAAACCAAACUGAACUACUUGAAUAAGUGCACCAGGAGUGGCAUACAGUUAUGCAAAAGCAGUGUGUAAGACUGGUGGAGGAGAACAUGCCAAGAUGCAUGAAAACUGUGUUAAAAAACAGAGUUAUUCCACCGAAAAUUGACGAAAAAACUCUUAAAACUUUAUGAAUUUGAACUUGUUUUCUUUGCAUUUUUUAAAGUCUGAAAGCUCUGCAUCUUUUUUGUCAGUUCAGUCAUUUCUCAUUUUCCGCAAAUAAAUGCUCUAAAUGACAAUAUUUUUAUUUGAAAUUUGGGAGAAAUGUUGUCUGUAGUUUAUAGAAUAAAACAACAAUGUUCAUUUUACUCAAAUAUAUACGUAUAAAUAGCAAAAUCAGAGAAACUGAUUCAAAAACUGAAGUGGUCUCUUAUUUUUUUCCAGAGCUGUAUUUACAACCUGUUAUGCCUAUGCCUAUGUCAGAUGUGUUCUACAGAGGUAUAUAACUCCCAGCAUUAAGCUGUGGAGAAGUAAAACUGUGUUUUCUGGAAUACAAAAAUAUCUUUGGUACACAUUAUGUUUAUGUAGGUUUAUAUAUAUAUAUAUAUAUAUAUAUAUAUAUAUAUAUAUUUUUUUUUUAACCUGUCUUUACAGCAAAACCAACCAAUGUGAUAUGGGCCCAUUAAGUCUCUGUAGUUGAUUUAAAAGCACUGUCAAGCAGGAUUUGUCCUAAACCAGUUUUCUCAAACACCUGAAGGUUUGUAUGAUUUUGAGAUUAGCUAAAAUAGUCUAGAUUGUAAUGUAAUUUUUUAAAGACAAUAUCCUGUUCAGUGGCAUAGUUUCUUAAUAGUCACAUUAUUUGAUAUAUCUUCAGAACAUCCAUCCAGCUGUUUUUAUGUGUGUAUGCCAGUCUAUAUUUUUGUGAUGUACUGUAAUAUCCGUGUAAUGUGCCGGAAAUCCCAACAUAAAGCACUUAAGUCUUAUUUUUGAUUUACACUACACAACAUAAUGCACUGUAAUUUUUUUCAUAUAUUGUUUUAAAUAUGUGUGAGUAUAAGUCAUUGUUUAUAAUUUAGAACACUAAUUCUUAAUCAUACUAACACACGCAGAUAUCUCUGUCUGAUUGUUUACGUUAUGUUUCUGCCAUUUUUUCACUCAGAAAUUCUGAGUUUUGUAUUAAGUUGUAUUAAGUAGUAUUAAUUUAAUAUUUGAUGAAAAUGUUUUCUGCACAAUGUUGGUUUUAAAGGUGUUGAAUCAUCAUUCCAGGCUCUGCUUUUGAGUCUGACUCCUGUUUUGUUAGAUUGUUCUGGAAAAUGGGACUGAAAUGAAGAAGCAUUGAUUGAGAAAUGUGAUAUGAGUGAGAUUCUUAGUUCAACCAAGCUUAUUUACAAGUAUUUCAUUGUAUUAUUUUUUUUUUCUGAGACCACCCCAAAAAGUGCCUCCCUUCCUCUUGCCUGAGAGUUUAUACUUAAUAAAAUAAAACUUUUACUCUCUAUAUAAA